AUGGGGUCCUCGAGUGUUGCCACGGAAGAGAGGGUGGUAGUGAAGGAUUAUCGUCAACUGCCUGUAGAGCUCGAGACUGGACCAGUUGGCGAUGGUCCUUUCCGGAAGAUUAAAGUAUUUACGGUCGCGGCGCACAACAUGAUCGACCAAAUAGCGCAGUUGUUGACUAUGUACAAACUGAUAGAAAAAGCGUAUUUCUACGAUUUUGGUCCCUAUUGUGAGUUCGCCAAGUUCAUCUCCUGUUGGUCUCCGUUUCGGAACGAUGGACUGGACCCUCCUAGAAGCCCCAUGGAGAAAGCCGCAUUGGAUAGGGCCGAGAAGUUGCCGGGGGCCCGAGGGGGUAAGAAGCAUCAUGUUACCGAGUUCACACCAGAAGAGAAAAUGAAAUAUUAUGAGAUACUGCGGGGUCGGCCCGAGUUCAGAUCGAGUGAGGCGUUUCUGUGUAUCUUCCCCCCGGGGCCCCUGUGUCGGCUGAUGCUGGCCAUGGAGGAAGCCCAUCUCGCAUCGAGGAAGAAACUCAUCAUGCUACCAGGUUGGCGUUUUGAUCAAAACUUCAAAUUGGCGAACGACUCGUGUAAUUGGAGUAACGACUUACGUCGACUAUUUGUGGAGAGGAAGGAGGAGGGGGUAGCUGCUUUGGGUGAGGGGCCUGAGGGUGCUAUAUCUCUAUUUGACGUCCAUCACAUUCACCACUUCAUUGGAGUGCCCAUCACUGAGAUACCUCUAAUCGACACGUGUGUUAACCCGUUGUGGCUGGGGAGAUCCAACCGUGUGUUGGAGCCGGACAGGGCCAGCAAGGGUUUGGUCCUAUUUUUCCCGGCUCGGAAAAACUAUCCUGAUCGUUUCGACCCCAACAACUACAUAUACAAACGAAUCUUGAAGCCCGUGGUCGGUGAUAUUCUUAUGAAGGUCCGAAAGGUUUAUCCACGGUUUGAGGUGGAGGAUCUGGUGCGUCACAAAGCAGUAGUUUGGGUACCGUACGCCCCUACUAUAUGUGCUCUAGUCGAGCAGUAUAGUGCUGGCAUCACCAUUUUCGUACCCUCAUUGACCUAUCUGGUAGACCUUGUGCUCAAUGCGUCUGAUAAGAAGUUCCCUACUAUGUACGAUACUAUAACAGGCCGGGAGUGCUAUGCUGAAGGGUGGAGGGCUGAGGAGGCUGGUGACCCCUACCCUCCUGGGCACAUGUUAACGAACGAGGAAGCGGCCAAGUACUGGUUGAACUAUAGCUUCUUUUAUACGAGGCCCUUCUUCCACUACUUUGACUCUCCCGAGGACCUCCAAGUGAAACUGGAGGCGUUCAGUCUGGGUGAAGCCAGAGAGAAUUCCUGGAGGAUCAGACACUAUUUCAGAAUGUCAGAGGAGUCUCGGCGUAUUGUGGAGUACCAGCCGAACACAGCAGUGCCGCAGUUGUCGAUUCAGAGUCAUGCACUGGGGGAGCCCACUAGGCCUGUGGUAGGGUGGGUUGCCCAAGCCUGGCCAUCUCCUGUUGGAGAGUACCCUCCCGAGUCUAUCGGUGCCGGUCCUGGCGGGGGAGGAGGUGUUGCCGUUGACGCCGUCAUCGAAGGCACCACAGCAAGCCCACCUGCUGCAGCUAAGAAGAGAAGGAAGAUCGUCAUGAACGGGCGGCGAAUGAUGGACCUGGGAGAUCAGCUUGUGUGA